CCAUAAGGACAAACCGGACUUCAAAUACGCUUCUGUGAAAAGCCUUACUGAUCAUAUUAUUACUAACAUAAAAGUUUUUACGCAGGUUUGUUUGUAGAAAAGGGAGUUUUCAGGAUCUCGGAUUAUUUACUUGAUGUUGUCGCACUAUAAGAUGAUCCUGACAGGUGUUUAUUCACUUUCUGAUAGUUUUGGUCUCAGCACAGGUUGAUUCCAACUGAUCACACAGGCUGCUGUUUAUAUCUGAUCCUGUGAUGAUCAGUUAGAUUUCUGCACUACUUCCUGUCACUUGUCUCCAGUCCAGUAUCAUGAGGUUGGCUGUGGUUGUUGGCUGCACCUUUGCUUUUGUCCUGGUGGACACCGUGAUCUCGACCGUCCUCUAUGUCCAGUGGUCUGGUCCAAUUUCUUUCUUAGAUGACAUCCUGGACUUUGACAUCUAUCGCUCGGUUCUGGAUCUUUGGUUGGUGCUCCUGGUGCGUUCUUGCCUCCUUGUCGGUGCAUCUGUAGGUAUUCUGAUGAACCAGCACGAUGGCCCCAGACGUGUCGCAUGCAUGGACACUCUGAUCGUCCUCGUCGGUCUCACCAUACUCUCCUAUGCCCUUGCCAAGCUCCUGAUAUUUUCCGAGAUGGGUGACCUGAUGCAUGACCCUUGGUUCCUCGGCUUCUUCUCGUGGACCUGUAUCUCUGCGAUGGGGUCUGUGUUCUUCUGGAAGCUCCUGAGCAGCACAAAUGUUGCCAGCUCAGGUGCAGGAGAGAGGGAGAGGCUAUUGGAUGGAGGAGAAGAGGAGGAACAAGAAGAGGAGGGUGAUAUGAGAAGGUACCAGGCGAAGCAAAAGCCGAAUUCUCGGGCCACCUUGGGACGUCUGUUAUCGUACUGUAAGGAGGAUGCAGGGCUUCUGUCUCUUGCCUUCUUCUUCCUCCUUCUGUCAGCUGUGUGCGAGGCCUUUAUCCCCUAUUUCACUGGGAAGGCCAUUGACGGUAUAGUGAUCCAUAAGAGUAUGGAAUAUUUCAUCAAACCAAUGACUAUUCUCACUGUUUUGGCCGUCAUCAGUUCCUUGGCCGUUGGGGUUCGUGGUGGUGUGUUCUCACUGACAUUCGCCAGGCUGAACAUUCGACUGAGGAACCUCCUCUUCCGCUCGUUGAUGCAUCAGGAGAUUGGCUUCUUCGAUGCUAAUCAUACAGGUGACAUCACGUCACGGCUGACGUCAGACACCAUGCAGGUGAGUGACCUCAUCUCUCAGAACGUCAACCUGUUCCUGCGCAGCUUCGUCAAGGCGGUUGGGUUCUUCAUCUUCAUGUUUGGCAUGUCGUGGAAGCUGACGCUUGUCACCAUCAUGGGCUUCCCGUACAUUGCCGUGCUCUCUAAGCUCUACGGCGAGUAUUACAAGAAUCUAACCAAAGAGGUGCAGACAUCACUUGCUCAGGCCAACAAAGUGGCAGAGGAGACAAUAUCGGCCAUGAGGACGGUGCGCAGCUUUGCUGGCGAGGAUCACGAAGCCAAGUCUUACUACACCAAGCUGUUGGAGGUGCUCGCACUAAACAAGAAGCAAGCUGUAGCCUACGCCUCCUUUAUGUGGUCCAGCUGUAUCUCAGAGCUGGCCUUGCAGGUGGCUAUCCUGUUUUACGGAGGACACUUGGUGGUGACGGACCAGAUGAGCGGGGGAACUCUCAUUUCUUUUGUUAUCUAUGAGCUUGAACUGGGGGAAUGUCUGGAGAGCAUCUCGUCCGUCUAUACGGGUCUGAUGCAGGGCGUGGGAGCUGCAGAGAAGGUCUUUGAGUACAUUGACAGGAAGCCUAAACACAAUCUUGAUGGCCAAGAAGCUCCAGAUAUGUUACAAGGCCUGGUAGAGUUCAGGAACGUGACAUUCGCUUAUCCUACGCGUUCAGAGACCGAUGUCCUGAAGAAUGUGUCCUUCACCAUCCAGCCAGGGAAAGUGACUGCUCUGGUGGGUCCCUCAGGCAGUGGGAAAAGUUCCUGUGUUUCUCUGCUGGAGAACUUUUACAUACCUCAGAACGGCCAGGUGCUGCUGGAUGGCCUGCCGAUUGAGACGUACCAGCACAGCUACCUUCAUUCCAAGGUAGCACUGGUUGGACAAGAACCAGUCCUGUUUGCUCGUUCUGUUCAGAAGAACAUCGCCUAUGGUCUUCCUAGUGCUCCUGAGGAAGUUGUAGUCACAGCUGCCAAAAAAGCCAACGCUCACGACUUUAUCUGCAGCCUCUCGAAAGGCUACGACACGGGUGUCGGGGAGAAGGGAACUCAGCUCUCAGGAGGGCAAAAGCAGAGAGUGGCCAUCGCUCGUGCCUUAAUCCGAAACCCAAGCGUGCUCAUUCUGGACGAGGCCACCAGCGCGCUGGAUGCUGAGAGUGAACACAUGGUCCAGCAGGCUUUGAAUGCUGUGAUGGAGAACUACACAGUGCUGGUGAUUGCUCAUCGCUUGAGCACAGUGCAGCGUGCCAACACCAUCGUGGUGCUGGACAACGGUGUUGUGGUGGAGCAGGGCAACCAUGACGAGCUGAUGGACCUCCAUGGCCUCUACUACAGACUCAUCCAGAGGCAGGUGCUGGGGUCUGACUGCACCACCAAGCCUCCACGUCCGUUUUUAGAGCUGCCUCGACUCCCGGAAGAGGACGAGAACAGUGGAGAUGAAGAUGUCCCCAGAUAUUGAUCUUUUUUCUGGGGUUUUUUUUGCACUAGGUUUGAUAUAAGCAGGCUUAAAUCCUACCUCAAUCACCUUCAUGAAGUGACCAGGUUUGAAGGCAACACUUAUGUUUUACAUAGGUUUUGAAACGUAAUCUGAACAGCAUUUAUAUUAUUAGUAUGUAUUUAUACCAUAUACAGUACCUGCAGUGUUUGCAGUGUGGAAUUGAGUGAAAUUUGCAUUUUGUAAUUCUUGAAUAUUUGUGUGACUAUAUAAGAAUGUGGCUCUGCUUCCUUUUUCUUCAUCCUCGAUCAAUGGAAUGAUCCCAAUGGAAUGCAAGCACCAGGUGAUAUCUGAUCCCAGCUCCAGAUCCCUGUUACUCUACAGUAAACACUGUCUUCUAUUUGGACUGCACCUUGUAAACCUUCACAAUAUGGUUUUUUAGAACAGAUUUUGUUUUCAGCUGUAUGUCAUGCAAUAUCACUGUAUCUGUACUUCAUGCACUGUUUAAUGCACAUAUUAGUAAUAACUUAUUGAAACCUAGUCACUCCUGGUCUUACUUGAUUAAAUGCAUGUAUGAUUGGACUUGUUUACAUGCAAUGUACUUUUCAAAAUAGUGGAAGAUGAAUAAAUUACCCUCGAAUGA